GCGGCCGCCCCUCGGGUGUAAACUGUGGGUGUUCAGUCAAGGAUCUUUCUCUGGCCGGACCAAGACCCGUGGAGAAGUGCGGGUCAGGAGGAGGGGAGCAGGUUUCCUCGGGCUGGUGUUGGGGAGCGGAGGGCAGCGUUUGGUACCGAGGCGCCUGCAGUUGUCUCUGGAAAACUAGAUUUUAAUAUGCCUGGCACUCAGCCCCCGGAAUUGGAUGGGCCCAAUGCGAGGACCCCGAAACCCAGCAAGAGGGGGUUUGGCCCAUGCCAUCCCACUCACCCAGUGGUCUCUCCAGGCCUUGACCCCAGGGAUUGCCUCUUGGCGUCUGAAGGCAUCUGAAUGAAGAUUCUGGGCUUCUCUCCCCAGAUGCGUGAUACUGGGAUGGGCUGGGGAUGCAGGGAUUUAACAGCUGUGGAGUUCCCCAGAGCCCCUUUAGCUCUGCAUUAGAGCAUCAUCAUCAUGUCGAGCUGCCUCUUCCUCCUGAAGGCACUUCUUGCUCUUGGGUCUGUGGCAUCCUGGGUGACUGCAGGAGAGCAUGGUUCUCUCUCCGGAGGCAUCUCACUAUCCCGCAGCCUAGCCCAAAGCUGCUUUGCAGCACGGUGGCUGGUUUCCAAGAGGGAGUGUUCAAGCCCCAGUACGCAAGUGUUGCUCAAGCCUCUGCUUGCAUCAUACUUGGCUGGUGUCCUGUUGGUCAAAGCAAGUCACCCAGUCGAGCCCAGAGACGGUAUGGGAGGGGGCUACCCAAGAGCACGUAUUCCAGCAGCCAGCAGUGUUGAUGUCGACCACAAGUUUGGCGGUGAAUGUCCUGCAGACCCCCUUCCGUGUGAAGAGCUGUGUGAUGGGGACGCAUCCUGUCCUCAGGGACAUAAGUGCUGCAGCACUGGCUGUGGCCAUGCCUGCCAUGGAGACAUCAAGGGAGGGCGGGGUGGCGACUGUCCAAACAUUUUGGUGGGCCUGUGCAUUGUCAGCUGCAUGGUGGAUGAGAACUGCCCAGCUGGGGAAAAGUGCUGCAAGUCAGGCUGUGGCCGUUUCUGUGUCCCGCCAAUCCUGCCACCCCAGCUGGCCCUGAACCCCAACCGGACCAUCAGGUCUAAUUUUGAAUUAGAGAGCCCGGUGCCCUAGCUGUCCUGAUGUGUCCUGAGUUUCUUUGGUGACUCCAGGGGGCUUGUCCUGGUAGCCAGGAGAGGAUGAUGUCCUGGGGCUUGUGACACCCCCAGGGACUUUCAUUGCCCUCUCUGCUCUGUUUCUGUUCUUGCUGCUGCCCUGAGCGUAGGAAACCCAGCCCUGGGCUUGGAAAGUGGGUGUGUGGUGUUUCUUUUCCCCAAUAAAGGCUAAUGCUGA